CAUGCAUUUUGUUACUAUGGAGGCAGUGCUGCCUCGAGCCGUCAGUACAGCCUGCGAGUACAUCAUCCGGCUAGCUAGGGUAGCAUGAGCAGGCUAGCCGUUAGGUAGCUAGUUGGUUCGCCUCAUUUAGUCUUAGUUUUUGAUCAAUAUUAAAGUAGGUCCGGUUUGUCAUUAUUAGAUGUCAGCGUUGUGAGAAAGCGAAGGUGGAGAAUCCGACGCCGUGUUUCAGUGGGUGCGUUGACUGCAGGGGAAGAUGUGCAAUGGGAAGACAGAGGCAACAUCAGAAGCUUGUCAGAACCACACUUGCCUUCAAUUGGUAUUCUGCUUGUUGCUGGCACUGGCAGUGGUUGCUUCAGGGCAAGGUUUAGGUUGUGUUAGACCUGUGUUGGUAGAACAUGGUUUAGCUAAUCUGCCAGAAAACAACAAUGGUCAUUUCCCAGUGGGGGCCAUACUGGAGUAUCAUUGUGAUCCUGGUUACCUGGUAGACGGACCCAGUAUCCUCACCUGCACAGCAAUGGGACACUGGUCCUCAGACCCACCGCAGUGCAUACACAGUGAUGUAUGCCUGCCUCCACAUGCACCAAAGAACGGAGGCUACAACUGUCAUCCCUCGCCAUGUCGAAGACUCUCGCACGGCACUGUGAUCGAAUUCUACUGCAAUGAGGGCUACAUUCUGAAGGGAGACUAUACAUAUCUUACCUGCCAAUACGGGGACUGGGAUGGCCCUGUUCAGAUCAGCUGUGUCAAAGAGCAAGGAUGCGUGAGGCCGUACAUGGUUGAAAACAGCUGGGUAAACCACACAGAAACCAACAGGGGCUUGUUCCCUGUAGGGACAGUGCUGCAAUACAGCUGUGACCCAGGUUAUCUGCCAGAUAGACCCAACAUUCUCACCUGCAUCUCGACAGGACGCUGGUCCUCAGAACCACCUCAGUGCACACAGAGUGAUGCUUGUCUGCCCCUGUCUGAACCAGAGAAUGGGGGUUAUACCUGCCACCCGUCCCCCUGUCGAUUGUUUUCCCACGGCACUGUUGUUGAGUUCUUCUGUCACACGGGCUUCAUGCUCAAGGGGAAAAACAACUACCUUACUUGUCAGGAUGGACAGUGGGACAGCCAUGUGCAGAUCAGCUGUGUCAAACGAGGUUGUAUAAGACCUUUAAUGGAGCAGCACAUUUCCUCUAAGCUGAUGGACACCAACAUCAGUUCCUUCCCUGUGGGGGCUGUGCUGCAGUAUCGCUGUGACCCAGGUUACCAGCCCGACGGACCUACCAUCAUCAGCUGCACCGGCUUGGGACACUGGUCCUCAAAACCUCCUCUUUGUUUACGCACUGACGUAUGCCAGCCUCCAUAUCAACCAGAAAAUGGAGGCUACACCUGCCACCCUUCCCAAUGUCAAAGACUUUCUCACGGCACUGUAAUUGAGUAUUUCUGCGAUGAGGGCUACAUCCUGAAAGGAGAGUAUAAAUACCUCACCUGUCAAUAUGGCAAGUGGGAUGGGCUAAUGCAGAUAACCUGCAUAAUGGAGCAAGACCGUGACAGAUCUUUACCGUUGGGGAUGCCGGCUCUGUCUAUCGUGUCGUCCACAGCCAGCUCGGUGGCCCUCAUCCUGCUCCUGGUGGUACUCUUUGUGCUUUUGCAGCCAAAACUGAAGUCUUUCCAUUGGUGGGAUCAGGGGGUGUCAGGCCAGCCCGUGUCCAUCAUGGUGGAAGGAGUCCAAGUGUCUCUACCCUCAUACGAGGAGGCAGUCAGCAGUAACACCAGCUCAGCCACGGCUCUCGACUCCGAGUCUCGCGUCCAGAUAGUGCUGUCUGAGGGACAGCAAGCCACAACGCCAGUGGCUGGCCCCUCUCGGCCUUUGUCCCUCAAAGAGCUGCACUCAGAGAUGGCCGUGGUGCACCCUUUGCCCCCUUCAUCGUCGCCAUCACCCUCCUCAUCCUCUAGCUGGACUCUAGAGAAUGCCGGCGCUGCAGCUCUGCCAUCCGGGGACCAGCACAGCCUCAAUGUGCUAGACUCGGAGAUGGACUGCUCUGACGAUAUGCCAUUGCUGAAGGAGGCCUGAAACAUGCAAGACAUUGGAUGAUACAGAGACAGCAAGUUGUGCUACUGAUGGUGAGGAGCAGUGAACACACACCUUAAAGUGGUCACUUUUCCAAUACCAAAGCAGAACAUAAGGGGACUAACAUCUACAUUCAUGUUUGCAUUCCCACAAUCUCUACAUAUGCAUAAUGUACCACUAAUGUCUAGAUGAUGAACGAUGGAACUUCAAUGACUUCAACUUUAAACAUAAUUCAAGCUUUACUGCAUCAUGUAAUUAUGAAUGAAAUAAUAAUGUAGGCAUCAUUAAUUCUGAGUUCAUGACACAUGUUAACACACACGGCUGAUUGUCCCACUUGUUCACCUCUUCACACACGUGUCCCCAAUGGCCUUAUCUUCCCACUUCUAUGCACACUUAUCCGAUUAUGUACAACAAGGAGUUUUAAAAGUGAAUAUCAUGGAAAUGCCUCCACUGCUUAGUCAUACGACAUGUAGCUUUUUCACUCGAAUCACAUCAGCCACAGUAAAUAUUGUACUCUUUAAUUUAUUCUGUCUUAAAAUGUCUAUAUAAUUUAUUGCGCUGUUGAUCAGCCUCUUGGAUCUACAUAAAUGUGUGCGCUUGUUUCAUGCUGCAGGCACUUUUGAUGUGACACUUGAAAGUACAAAACCCCACUGUACAGUUUGGUGUAAUGUAAGUGUUUACAUUUUGUUAUUGCUUGUCCUUUGAACUUACACAAUAGGUCUUUUUUGGUUUGUUUGUGCUUUGUGAAAUGUUUUUUAAUGUAAUGCAUAAAGUUUGAAAGUAACUUUAUGAUGUAACAUGCCAUUUUUUAAUUAAAUAUUUAAGAUGUGGCAAAUGA